AUCUCAUGCUUAUAAGAGUGAUCAAUAUUAUAGCUUCUAUAAGACUUAUAAGAGUGAUAGAAGUUAUAACUCUUAAAAGUAUUAAAAGAGCAAUAGGAGUUAUAACUCUUAAAAGUUUUAUAAGUAUUAAAAGUCUUAUAAGUAUUAAAAGUCUUAUAAAUAUUAAAGGA